CAUCACUCAUCGAAAAGAACUGCGAAACCAUCGCGCGCCAUUGUCCAAGCCCUACUCUACAAUAGGCGACGUAUAUACCGAUUCAUGUCUUGGACAACUGUGGACACAACGUCGCUCCUUGAUCGGUCCGCUCUCAUCCGCCUCUCGCCGGCCUCUCGUCCUACGCUGCCGUCGACAUGUUGAGUCCUCGGAGAGCAGUGGCGACAGCCGCCUUCUGUCUUAUCGUCCUCUAUCUGAUUUUCUCUUCGCACUCCUCUUCACCCGCACCCGCACCCGCACCGAUCCCGAUCGUCAAGCCCGGUACCUCCGAUGCGCCCGAUACACAGCCAGAGACGCAUCAAGACAAUGGCCACAAGGCCAAUGCCGAACAACCACCACCCCCCUCGUCCGACGAGACGGCCAUCCAACGCAUACGCAAACCGGUCGAAAAACAACAACCCAUGAUGGACAUGUCCCAGCUGUCGCUCUACGACAAGCUGACCUAUCAAUUCCCGUACGACGUGGAAAGCAAGUUCCCCGCUUACAUUUGGCAAACGUGGAAGCGCAACCCGCAGGAUCCGAAAUUCGAAUUCGGCGAUCAGGAGCAGAGCUGGACCGACCAGCACCCCGGUUUUGUCCACGAAGUCAUCACGGAUGACGUGGCCGUCCACUUCCUGCGCCUUCUCUACGCCUCGGUGCCCCAGGUGCUCGAGGCCUACGCCGCCCUGCCGCUGCCCGUGCUCAAGGCCGACUUCUUCCGCUACCUGAUCCUGCUCGCCCGGGGCGGCAUCUACUCGGACAUCGACACGUACGCCAUCCGGUCGGCGCUCGACUGGGUGCCGGGACGCAUCCCGCGGUCGUCCAUCGGCCUCGUCAUCGGCAUCGAGGCCGACCCGGACCGACCCGACUGGAAGGACUGGUACAGCCGGCGGAUCCAGUUCUGCCAGUGGACGAUCCAGGCGAAGCCGGGCCACCCGGUCCUGCGCGACGUCGUCGUGCGCAUCACGGAGGAGACGCUGAAGAGGAAGAAGUCGGGGCAGCUGGGCCGGGUGGUGGACGCCGGGGUGGUCGAGUUCACGGGCCCGGCGGUCUGGACGGAUGUUAUUUUCGACUACUUCAACGACCCGCGGUACUUUGACAUGGAGCAGUCGGCGGGCGCCAUCGACUGGCGCAACUUUACGGGCAUGGAGGCGUCGCGCAAGGUCGGCGAUGUUAUCGUGCUGCCCAUCACGGGCUUCAGUCCGGGUGUCGGGCAGAUGGGGGCCAAGGAUAUUGAUGAUCCCACGGCUUUUGUCAAGCAUGAAUUCCAGGGUACCUGGAAGCCAGAGGAGCUGCGGCACAUUGGCGAGAUACAAGAGGGGAAAACCGACGGCGAAGCCCGCUAGUUGGCGAUAGAUGACGAUGCGACGAUUCUUUUCGUUUGGGUUCUGGCUCGAUUGUUUUCGUUAUACUGUUCAUAUUCAAGUGGAGUGACUCGACCAUGUUCUCUCUUUCUUUUUUUUUCUCGAGCUUUCUUCUUUCUCCUUCAGCCCUGCGCGGACAGGCUCCGAACGAGGUUCAACCAUCUUCUAUUA